AUGUCCAAGAGAAGGUUCCUCAUGUCUCCCCUCAGCAGACGGUUUGUUCUCGCUCUUCUGUCCUGUUUGAUGCUGCUUUUGUUGUUGAGUCUGUCCUGUAGAACUCAUAAAAAUCAACGUUCAUCUGAAACCUCGUAUGAGACUUUACUGCACCGGCACGAGGAGAAACACCUUCAGUUCACCACCAACCUCAGCAAAGAAAUCUCCCUGCUGAAGAACGAGCUGCGGGACAGAUCUGCUGGCAUCAUCUCACUGAAUAGUGACGGAAAAGCUCAUUUAGAUCUGGAAGUCUUCAUGCAGAAACAGCUGAGAAGCGCAGAGAUCGCUUCAGGUGACCGUAUCGUGCCGUUCGACAGCUUCACGCUUCACAGAGUCUAUCAGCUGGAGGUCUCGGGUCUCGCUGGACACCCUGUGGAGAGACCUCUCCGUCAGGACCGCAGGAACGAGCUGGACGGAGCGUUAGAGAGUGCUUUACAUGUGCUGAAUGACCAUCAGCCUGGAGACUCACGACACAGAACAUCUUACUCUCCCAAAGAUUUCUUCGAGGGAAUCUUCCGCACAGAAAGGGAUAAAGGAACGCUGUAUGAUCUUACAUUCAGGGAAAACACCUCUCCAGAUUUCAGAAGACUUGUCUUCUUUCGUCCUUUCGCACCGCUCGUGAAAGUUCUGGAUGAAUUCAUCGACACCUCUCAAAUCCUCAUUAACAUAAUUCUACCGCUGACAAAACAACUGGACGCAUUCAGACAAUUCAUGCAGAAUUUCAGGGAUGUUUGCAUUGGUCGUGAUGAGCAGACGCAUCUUACUGUGGUGUUUUUCGGAUCUGAAAACAUGGAUGAAGUGAAAAGAAUUCUGGAUGAAACAUCAAGGACGAUGAAAUACAGAAACUUGACUUUGAUUGGUCUGAAUGAAGACUUCUCCAGGGCACGAGGACUGCAGGUCGGAGCUCUCGCGUGGAGUCAGAGCAAUGUUCUCUUCUUCUUCUGUGACGUCAGUGUUCACUUUACUGCUGAGUUCCUGAACUCCUGCCGAAUGAACGCAGCAGCAGGCAAGAAGGUUUUCUAUCCGGUGAUGUUCAGCCAGUAUAAUCCAGAGAUCAUCUAUGGUCAUCAUGGUCCUCCUCAUGAAGAACAGCCAGUGAUCAGAAAAGAUUCUGGAUUCUGGAAGGAUUUUGAUUUUGGAAUGACGUGUCAGUACAGAUCAGAUUUUACACACAUAGGUGGAUCUGAGGUCCGUGUGAAGGGCAGAGGGGCAGAAGAUCUUCAUCUCUACAGAAGAUAUCUUCACAGCGGUCUGGAGGUGAUACGCGCUCCAUCACGAGGACUCUUUCAGAUGUGGACUGAGACUGUGUGUGCUGAACAUUUAUCCUCAGACGCGUUUAAAGUGUGUUUGUGUUCUAAAGCUCUAAACGAGGCGUCUCUCGCUCACAUGGGAGAUCUGCUUUAUCAACAACCGAUUGACAAUCAUCUAAAGAAAUACAACAAACACAAUAGAAACACAUGA